UUUCAAUACGUGUCAACGCUCAAACUAUUUCAGAAAUUUCGUGUGAGAUCAUAUAGUACUUUUUUACGAAUACUGAUUUUCUAUCGCGUAGUUUGAAGUAUGAUUAAACUAACGCCAGUUAAAACCCGCCUAUGUGCUCUGGGAAAUUCCUACGAUGUGAUUGCAGAUGCCUGCCGGGAUAGAUCAGGUUUCUUCAGUUUUCUGGAGUCCAGGAAAUUGAGGAUUGUGAGGCGCUGCUUUGCGAAAUACCUAGACAAGCCCAAUUAUCCCAUAUGUUAUUGGUUCGUGCUCAUAUUGAGUCUAUAUGGAGUGAUACAUAGCCUUAUCCAGUUUACGAUGUCAAUCCGCACCAAAAAGGGUGUCGGGAGAUCCGGAAAUCAAAAGGUUAGGAGAAGAAUCAGAAUGGCUGGUGCAUUUAUACAAGUCAAUAUCUGGACGCAUCUGUUGUAUGCAGCUUUGUUGGUUUCACCUCAUCACAUGACUCCCUGGUUGUGUGUCCAUUUGGGGAUACUUGUUUGCAAGUUGACUGCUGCGACCAUUAAAGGACACUUCAGAUGCCAGGGUGAUGUUCGAGCCCGGACCACAAUAAAUGCAAUUGUAUAUGUGCUGGUUAUAGGUCUAGUUUACCUGGCUAUGAGGUCAUUUACCGCUGCCUUAGCAAGGGAUGUUCCAGAAAACCUAAGGCUCUGUUUGAAAUUCAUAAAUCCUCUACUCAAAUAUGUAAAAGGCCAUUGGAAUCUUAUAUAUCCAAAAUUAAUUUCGUUUGUUCACAGAUAUCAUUCACUCUUCUAGUCUUUAAUAUAUUAACUUAACUUAUUGUUACUUACAUUUAUCAGCGCACGAGCAAUAAAGAAUGCCACCUCGGCCUUGCA